GGGUCACCUCGCAAGUCGUGUCUGAACGAGGACUCCCCUGCACUACACUCACUUACUUUACCCCCUCCCUGUGCACAAACAAUCACUCAGCCUAUCUAGACAUCUUUCACAGACAUGCUCGUGAACAAAGAACUAUCCGGCAAAGUCGCCCUCGUGACGGGUGCCAGUCGCGGCAUCGGCGCUGCAAUUGCCAUAAAAUUCGCCCAGCACGGAGCAAACGUAGCCAUCAACUACGUCUCCUCAUCCACGGCAGCUGACUCUGUCGCCAACGAGGUCCGCACCCACGGCGUCCGCGCUCUCACCGUGAAAGCCGAUGUCUCCAACCAGGCCGAAGUGGGCACCAUGUUCGAGGCCGUCAAGCGUGAAUUCGGCCGUCUGGAUAUCGUCGUGAGUAACUCCGGGAUUGAACAUUUCGGUGUCCUGGGCGAAGUGACAGGGGAUGAUAUUGACCGCAUUUUUGCGGUUAAUGUCAAGGGCCAGUAUUUUGUUGCGCAGGAGGCGUACAAGUAUUUGGAGGAUUUUGGGCGAGUCAUGUUGACCUCCUCUAUUUCUGCGGUGAAGGGCGUCCCUGGACAUGCGGUUUACGCCUCGUCCAAGGCAGCCAUUCUUGGUAUGGCAAAAUGUCUUGCGGUAGACUUUGGUCCUCGCAAUAUCACCGUCAAUGUGAUUGCGGCGGGCGGAGUCAAAACUGAUAUGUACGAUCACAAUUCGCCCAAGUAUAUUCCAGGCGGGGAGAAUAUGACUCCCAAGCAGAUUGAGGAUUUCCUUUCCAAAUGGUCGCCUUUGGGUCGUGUAGGGCUUCCCGAGGAUGUUGCGGGCGUGGCAGCUUUGAUUGCCAGUCGAGAUUCUCAGUGGUUGACCGGUCAGACAUUCCAUGUUUCUGGAGGAGCGUUUAUGAACUGAAGGGAGUCUUUUGGCGAGAAUUUAAGGAGAUUAUUCGGUCCAUAUACGGCCGACUGAAGUGAGCGGCGUAUCUUAGUCAUUCCUCAGUCAUACCCUAACUUCAUUAUG